AUGGAGAUGGAGCAAGAGAUGGAUGAAGAGAUGGAGCAGGAGCUGUUCGAACAGGAUCAGUUUCAAGAGCCAGAGGAUCAGUUUCCAGAGCCAGAGCCUCCACAAGAGGCAGAGUUUGGCCAAGGGCCGAGGGCCUCUCUAAGUUUGAGCAGCCAAGAGAAAAACCAUAUUGUGCAGUUCCUUCAACAGCAAUGCAGAGCUGGAGCACUUCCACAUGGUUCACUCAUAGCAGCUGCAACAAAAUUCAGAGUGCAUCCAAGGACAGUCAGCCGCUUGUGGAGGAUAGCCACUCAUCAAAUUGAACAAGGCCAACCUGUUGUCUUGAAAGGCAAAGCAUCAGGUUAUACUAAGAAAAAAGGUAAAGUAAAUCUUGAUGAAGACAAGUUUAGACACUUGUCAAUGCUUGAGAGAUCCUCCAUCAGAAAACUUGCUAUUAAGAUGGAUGUUAGCAAGUCCACAGCUGGCAGAUGGGUGAAGGGAAACAAAAUCAGAGCCCAUACAAAUGCCAUCAAGCCUGCACUUACUGAUGUGAACAAAAUAGCAAGAAUGAGAUGGAGUCUUAGUCAUAUUCAGCCAACCAUAUCUGAAGGAAAGCUAACAUAUCAUGCAAUGCACAACAUUGUUCACAUUGAUGAGAAAUGGUUCUACAUGACAAAGACUUCAGACAGAUACUACCUGUUGCCGGAGGAGGAUGAGCCUUACAGGUCUUGUAAGUCAAAAAGAUUCAUCACUAAAGUGAUGUUCAUGUGUGCUGUCAGUAGGCCAAUGUUUGGCAGUGAUGGGCAGCCCAUCUUUGAUGGUAAAAUAAGCAUAUUUCCAUUCACACAACAAGUGCCAGCCAUGAGGAAGUCAAAGAAUAGGCCAAGAGGGACACUAGAGACAAAGCCUAUCCCAUCAGUUAACAAAGAAGCCAUGAGAAAAUGUCUUCUUAAUCAGAUUAUACCAACAAUCAAGGCAAAGUGGCCAGCCAAUGCAAACAAGGAGAUAUACAUCCAACAAGAUAAUGCCAAACCCCACUUGAAAUCCUCUGACUUACAAUUUGAGGCUAUUGCAAGUACAGAUGGUUUUAAAUUCCAUCUAGUCAGCCAACCAGCCAACUCCCCAGAUACAAAUGUGCUAGACCUUGGCUUUUUUAGGGCCAUUCAGUCUCUGCAAGAUGACAAACUAGCCACCAAUAUAGAUGAAUUGUUAGCAAAUGUUUGGAGUUCUUUUCAGGAACUCACACCCCAGACUCUAAACAAGGUUUUCCUAACAUUGCAAAGCUGCUUAACCAAGAUCCUAGAAGUCCAUGGGGGCAACAACUACAAAAUACCCCACUUGAACAAAGAUAGGUUGAGUAGGACAGUGGGGCUGCCUACCUCACUUGAGGUUGAAGAGAUUCUGAUUAGGGACAGCUUGGAGUAUCUUCAACUUUCUCAGAAUGAUGUGGGUGGAUCAUAUGAAAUAGAACAUCUAAUCAGUGUGUUGGGAUAG